CCACUACUCACCUCUUUCACUAUGUCUGGCGGAAUCAACCCUGGCGAUGAAAAACUCAUCUUUGAGUCUUCCGAGGCGGUACCUGUCGUCUCGACCUUCGAUGACCUUGGCUUGAAGGAAGACCUCUUGCGCGGCAUUUACGCGUAUAACUUCGAAAAGCCGUCUGCCAUCCAGCAGCGUGCCAUUCUUCCGAUCAUCCAAGGACGCGAUGUCAUUGCACAAGCACAGUCCGGUACCGGAAAAACUGCAACGUUCUCCAUCUCCAUUCUCCAAUCCAUCGACGUGACAGUUCGCGAGACGCAGGCUCUUGUUCUCUCACCCACCCGCGAGUUGGCCACACAAAUCCAGUCCGUCCUUCUUGCGCUCGGCGACUACAUGAACGUUCAGUGCCAUGCGUGCAUUGGCGGCACGUCCAUCGGCGAGGACAUUCGCAAGCUUGAGUACGGCCAGCACGUAGUCUCAGGAACCCCCGGCCGUGUCUUCGACAUGAUCCGCCGCCGAAGCCUGCGCACCCGGAACAUCAAGAUGCUCGUAUUGGACGAGGCGGACGAACUGCUCAACAAGGGUUUCAAGGACCAGAUUUACGACGUCUACCGUUACCUCCCGCCCGCGACGCAGGUCGUGCUGCUCAGUGCAACGCUCCCCUACGACGUGCUGGAAAUGACGACGAAGUUCAUGACGGACCCUAUCCGCAUCCUCGUCAGGCGUGAUGAGUUGACGCUGGAGGGUAUCAAGCAGUUCUUCGUGGCGGUGGAGAAGGAGGACUGGAAGUUCGACACGCUGUGCGACCUGUACGAUACCCUCACCAUCACGCAAGCGGUCAUCUUCUGCAACACGAGGAGAAAGGUGGAUUGGUUGACGGAGAAGAUGCGGAACGCAAAUUUCACUGUUUCGUCGAUGCAUGGAGAGAUGGCGCAGAAGGAGCGGGAUGCGAUUAUGGCGGAGUUCCGGAGUGGCACGUCGCGUGUCCUCAUCACCACCGAUGUUUGGGCACGCGGUAUUGACGUGCAGCAAGUCUCGCUUGUCAUCAACUACGACCUGCCCGCGAACCGUGAAAACUACAUCCACCGCAUUGGUCGCUCAGGUCGUUUCGGACGGAAGGGUGUUGCCAUCAACUUUGUGACUGUGGAUGACGUUCGUAUACUCCGUGAUAUCGAGCAGUACUAUGGUACUCAGAUUGAUGAGAUGCCGGUCAACGCUGCAGAACUUAUUUAGGCUGUUCCUUGCUUUGUAUCUGCUGUACAUGUAUAGUAUCACCUCGGGAAGUUUUCCUUCUAUUCUCUUUGUGUUGUGUGCAAUGAUACGUUUGAGUUUGGACUUCAGAGUGCGCGCCCAGAUACCUUGCCUGGCCCUGCUUUGUCAGGCUGACCGCGAGUCAUCGGAAGUCUUUUGUCGCGGCGUGACAGCGUGACGGUGACGGUCAUGUGAGUCAUCGCGACGCGGGGUGCCGACGCGUGGCGCGUCGUGGUUUGGUUUCCAACAGCCAUCAUAAAAGCCAAGUCCUCCGCCUUCUGUUUUCCUCGGUCUUCCACACCACAUACUAUCUCGCACAAGCAUCGUCGAAAGCACGCCUCUCAUCAUGGUCUCCCAUGUUCGCCCUGGCCCUUUGCAACCAUACGACAUCCGCCUCUUCUCGGCCACUCCGAGCGCCCCAGGGACGCCGUCGCGUCCUCACAAACGCCCUCAUUCACCGGGUAUCGGGUCGCUGGACAGUCCUGCGAAGAGGAGGUUGAAGGCCGCUGAAGGGAUCACUUCUCCAAAGUACACAAAGAGCCCGCUCUCCGGGUCUAGCAGUAGCGCCAGGUUCGCACCUGCACAUUUCCACGCUCUGCUACAAGGCCCGGACAGCCCCGCCAAGAGACUCGACUUUGGUUCGGACGCUUCGGACUCUACUGCUUGCGAAGGUGGUGGUUCUGGGACCCCGCGGAGGAGCCCCAAGCGGACGCCGAGCGCGAGCGCGAGCACUCAGACCACGACGAGUAUGCGCCGCUCGACUCGGCUGGCCGCACGUCGGGCCUCGCGGUCUCCCUCGGCCUCUGGCCUAAGGAGUCCGUCGGAGUCUGACCACAACGCUGGGCACGCUCAGUCUGGCUCGGAUGAUGAACGUACCGCUGCCAUCCGCGUUCUUACCAUCGCGCCGUUGCUCAUUCCGCGCGUGGUUAUACCCCCCGACCGACAGUCCAUUCACUACCCUGGAUUCGACAUCUAUCAAGAUCCUCACAUUCUCGUCCCAGUGGCUUCUAGUUCAUCGCCCGACCCUGCUUCCACGCCGUACUAUGCCGAUCAGGAACACGACAAGGAGAACGUCGCUCCCCGACGGAAUUCCAGUAAGAAAUUGGCCACUCCGGUUACACCUUCAGAGACGGCGUGGCUCAAGGCUGGUCUCCUGUCUCCUACGGCGAAGGGCAGCGUGAAGAAGCCUGUUCCUGCUUCUCCGCACCCCAAGCACGUACACGACUACCUGACAACGCCGAAGGAGCGCGCCUUGAGGCCGGUAGCUAGUCCCGCAGCCACUCUCGUUGGGACCACCCCCGGCCGUACUCCACUCGGCAAGGAGGAACGGAAGCUGAUGAGGCGUGCCAUGGAGGAGGAAUUGGACGAUGUCGAUGGUGACGAUGAGUAUCUUCAGUGAUUCCGUCGUGCUUUGCAUCUUAGGUAUCUUGUUCGGUCUUGGCUCCUUCUCUCGUUCCCCGUCCACAUACACCCUCGCAACAGGAACUGUUGUGUUGUCACCACACGCUACCAUGCUCCAUCUCACCUCAUGCUACUACUCUACGCCUUUACGCCCUACCGCGCAUGUAUUGCUACGCGCUCGUUCGGCUGUGAUCUGGGCCGACUCUGACGACUGACCAUCUCUCGAUUUGGAUCGCUCGAGGUCUUACGCGUAGCACUUAUCGAUUUGUACGAGUC